AAAUCGGCUCGAGCCGUGGAGAUGACCGGUUGUUUCGUAGCUGCCUGCCUGCCUCAGAUAAGAUAAUACUGUUUUUGCUCUAUCGUGUUGAAAAUGAAUGUACUAACGUUGUAGCUUAAUAACCUAAAAACUUACUUCAUAACGUUUUGGCUGCUACGCUUUCAAGUUUGCAAUCUCGAAAGGGCUGAACCAAGUAAUUCUGCUGCGUGACCCAAUGUACCGAGCAGUGACAGGGGAGCUUUUCACUGAAACUGUGAUGGGCGUUGCCAAAGGCUAUCCCGAAAUCAAUCUGGAGAUUGUCACCACGUCAGUCAUAAGCCAACGCAUCAUUUCCAAGCCUCAAAGCCUCGGAGUGAUUGUGGCGGAGAGUGUUUGCGGCGAGUUCUUUGGCUCUGUUUUGACAGGGCUUGUAGGAUCAAGAGGCAUGAUAGCCAGAUCGUGCUACGGCAAGCGGUAUGCUGUGUUCGACCCGGGUUCGCGCAAGAUCUACCACAUCAUCGCCGGCAAGGGCAUUGUCAAUCCGACCAGUAUGAUAAUGUGCGGCGUGCGCCUUCUGGAGUUCUUCGGCCUGAACGACUACGCGGUGUGGAUCAAACAGGCGGUGUUCGAGACCAUCAACGAGGAUCGCAUCCACACGCCGGACAUCGGCGGCAAGCACUCCACCUGUGACUACAUCAGCAACAUGCUGUCCAGGAUGGCGAAGAACGCGCAUGCGCACACCAUCAUACAUCGGCCCGACGUCAGACCCGGCAUCCAGCCGCCCAGCCAGCCAACUGCGCCCUUCGACCCCAAACUGCACAUGCCGCAGUUGGCCGGCGUCAAUCUCUUCACUAAGAAACCAACGCUUGGAUCCUGACUACGCAAAGGGCUGGUUGUUCGUGGAAUUGUUAUUGUGUGGAAAUGUCAUGAGUUAUAUUUCUUGUUUUGUAUUACUGUUUGGCAUGAAUUUAUAUAUUUUUUGUAAUCCUAAUUUUUUGUGAGACUCUCAACUCUAUAACUACUAAUUUUUCCCAUUGGUAAAAUUGUUUUUCUCCAUAAUUCUUUGGAUGAUAUAAUUAUUGAAGUAUUGGUGAGUUAUCUAGUUGGAGAUUAAAGGAGAAUGUUCCAAUAACAUUGUCAAGCUGGGAAAAAUAUUUUUUAUAUUUAUAUUAUACCGUAUUUUGAAUGUGAACUAUUAUGUAAAAUACAGCAAUCAUGAGUUUUCAG